CUCAAAGGAAGCAUCUCUUUUAUUAGACCUGUUACAGAAUGUGCGAGGAAGAAUGGUGAUGGCUGUUUCUCAGAAAUGGGGAUAUAUUCGGAUCAUCACCGGCACCAUUCUCGGUGGUGUUCUCGGCUUCUACGUUAUGCACCGCCUCGAAACUAGCUACAAGGAGAAAAUGAAUGAGAGAUUGAAAAAGUAUGAAGCCGAAUUGAAGAAGAAAGAGAAGAUCAAUGAGCUUGAAGAAUCCAUGUAGCUUUGGAGUCUUGUCGAAAUUUUCUUACUUGUGUUUUUUUUUAAUUUUUUUUUAUUUUUUAUUUGAUACUGUUUGGUUGCUGAGAAAAUGCGGGAAAAGGUGAAGGAACUGAAAUUUUGAAUCAUUGUUUUAUGUUGUUUGCUCAACUAAAUUAGUAAUUUAGGCUUCGUGAUAGUAUUGGGUUCAAUUUUAUUGUGAGGUUUAGUUUCAAAGACUUCUUUUUGGGCCAAAAGAGCAGCUUUUUGUGUUUUUUUUUUUGUCUUUUGGUUGCUGAAAUUUGAUGGACUAGGGCACAAGGUGUGAGGCAGGAGAUCAAGAGGGCUUGCUGUGUUGAAGCAACUCCAUCAGACUGAGAACCAAAAGAUUUAACUACAAUCCCCUCGUCAAGAGAAAUAUAAGUUGCAUGUUGUUGCAGAUGUUGCUUCAGGAGAUCUUUGCUUUCAGCAAAUCCCCUAUAAAAUGGAGUGUCAAGCUAUUUGAAGAGGCAUGGUUGUGACUGUCCAGUUUUGCGCCAGUAUCAGCAGAAAUUUGACUGUCAAUUCUGUGAACUUGUAAUUGGAUAUCAUGUAUUCUAGAUUUGAUUGGAUGCAUCUAAGUUUUUGUCAUUUUGUAGGUUUUAAAAAACAAAAUUAAGAACAAAAAAGUGUCAUACGAUUUUAGUCUCAAUCUGAAGUUUAAGUUUCUAUA